CGCAUGCGCCCUCCCACCCCCGCUAGCUCCCGGCUCCCGGUGUCGGAAGCGUCACUUUGUGGCUGAAAAUGGCGAUCCCCGCCAGUCAGGAUUUACGGCAGCAGCUGAAGGAUGGUACGGCCGCCUCGGAGGCCGCAGAACAAGAGACCGUUCACCUCGAUCAGGGGCACAUCGAGGAGCUCAACAGUCAUGACAAGUCCGGCGUCCCCCUCAACUCGCCCUGGACCUUUUGGCUGGAUAGGUCAGUACCUGGAACUACUGCAGCAGAAUGUGAAUCCAACCUAAAGAAAAUUUAUACUGUACAAACUGUACAGAGUUUCUGGAGUGUCUACAAUAAUAUUCCUACAGUGACUAGUUUGCCUUUGCGCUGUAGUUACCACUUAAUGAGAGGAGAAAGGCGGCCACUGUGGGAAGACGAGAGUAAUGCCAAAGGAGGAUUGUGGAAAAUGAAAAUUUCAAAAGAGCAUACUUCUGCUGUUUGGAAAGAGUUAUUACUGGCUACAAUUGGUGAACAAUUUGUAGAUUGCUGCGCAGAAGAUGAUGAGGUGGUUGGUGUCAGUGUCAGUGUUCGAGAUCGUGAAGACAUUAUUCAAGUUUGGAAUGUAAAUGCUGCUGGAGCAAAUGAAGUAACUAUUAUACAAAAGAUUUAUCAGCUUCUCCCAAAAGUAACUUUUAAGGCAGUGUUUUAUAAGCCUCAUGAGGAGCAUCAUGCUUUUGAACGAGGUCGUGCCAAGCCAUAGCAUUUCACAGCAAACACUUUUGUAAGGAAGAGUUGGACUCUCAGCAUCACAGUGGUGAAUUUCAGUCGAACUUUGAUAAAAUAGUGAAAUCAGGUGACUAAUUCUGAAAAGACAAAGAGGAAUAUUGACAUUUCUGUUUGUUUCGGCUGAUAAGUAACUUACAUUAAAUUCUGUAUUAGGUUUCUAUAUAUAAAAUAAGCAAAGAUGCUUCUUGACUAUUGAUUUGAUUUUUGUUGCUUUAACAUUAGUUAAGUUAUUCUGCUUUUGACUGCAUUCCUAUUUUAAGAAUGUGGUUUCUUUCCUAGUUUAACUAAUUGUACUGUAGUUACAAAUUAUUUGUAAUAUGCGUAUUCGACCUGCUGCUUAAUCUGGAAGAAAAUUAUCAAAAUCAGAAUGUUGAUUCACACAAGUUGAAGUCAAAUCUGGUUAAUUGGCAUGUUACUAGUAGAUCACAGUUCAUUUCUCUUUCAAAAGUGAUUGCACUGCAUAAUUAUGUAAGUCACUAACUUUGGUUAUGUGUAUGUCUUGCACUGAUAGACAAAUGUUUCCAUCAGAAAGUACUACAAAUAGUGUAUAAUUAUGUUUCUAUUUCAUUAUUUCAUAUUGUGCAACUUUAUUCACUAACUAUAAUUUAGGACACAUUUCAUUUGCAAUGUAUGGAAAUGCUGGUCCUAAGUGAAUUUCGAAUCUACAGUAAAUUGGUAGCACUGAUACUUAAUAUUUCAUUUAUUAAAAUCUUAGUUUUAGUUGGUUCUGAAAUGUUUGCAAUUUAAUUGCUACAGCGCAUUUUCUGUCCACAGAGAUCAUGUGGCAAAGAACUCGGUUUUGCAGAAUGUUUCAUUCUGUUGCAGUAUUUAUUGUAGUAGAUGCAGUGGAGUUAUUUGGUGGGAUUGUACAUUUUGUUGCUACAGAACCAAAGAAUUUUAUUACUGUUUUGAGAAACAUGGGUCGGGGCCGAGUUUGGGGGGGUGGGGGGGGCCACCGCGGAGUGUUCUGGGGAGGAAAGGAGCAAAGUUGAGAGUAAAAGCUGCAAAUCUGUAAAUGCCACCCUAAAACAAUCAAGAUUACAGUAGAAUUGAACAAAAGUAUAAAUUAUAAUUUUGAAUUUUCACUGCAAGAAACUCCAGUGUAUAAAUUUAAUAAUACAGGAAAGUUGUUUUGCCUUGAUACUAAAUGCGAUAAUGAUAAUCAUUAUAGAUCUGUAUGAAGAAUGUUCAACAGAUCAUAAAGGUUUCACACAGGCGUCAUUAUUACCCAAACCGUGACAGAAGUUGUUCCAUCAAGUCAUUUAUUCUGUUUGUCAGAAUCCACUGAUUAGCAUUAGAUUGUUGAACUUGCAUUUCUGAUAAUCAGAAAUUAUAUUAUCUAUAAAGAUUACACUGCAUGGAAAUUUGCCAUGCCUUUAACCAUAUUAUAAAUUAUUGCACCUCAAUUAAAUCAUCAAAUGUCAAGUUGUCAUGUAUGUUUUUCCCUUCGUGCUGGUUUCAAUAAACGCUGCAAAAUGCAUUACUGGAAGUUAUAAACAGCAAAUUUGAUAUAAAAAUGAACUGUACAUCAGUUUAAAAUUUAAUACUGUAGACAGAAAAGCUAUAGUGCUGCAUAAUUCAUAUUACAUAACAUCAAAUCAUGAAUUAUUCUUGCAUUUAUUAUUUGUUGAAAAAAUAAGGUUCUUCAGAGUUACUGCAGCUUUUGUGCUGUGGUUUCUUGCGCACUGAUUCUUUUCUUUAAAAUACAAGUUUGUGCUUUUUUUUUAAAUCUCUGCUACCCAGAUCUGCAUAUGUAAAAUGAAUAAAAGCACAAUCUAUUUUUAUAGAAUUCUGGGUAAACUGGUAAUUCACAACUGUGAAUAGUGUACACUUCAUAACAUAAGAAAACAAGCAGGUUUUUUUUCAUGAAUGAACAGAUCACAAACCAUAUUUUUUUACCCUUUUUUCACACAGUAAUGGAGGCUUUGUGAUGGCCGGAUAUAUAUGAAUGUUGUGUAUUUCCAGCUAUUGAAAUACACAUUCAAUAGAAAUUUGACCAGCAAAUAGUCAGUUUCAAAUUGUAUUCUCUUCUUAUUUGAAAAUAAAGGCUAUUUUCUUUUACUCAUUAGUUAUAGCCAUAAGUUAGUCUGAAACACCCAAGGUCAAAGCUCUGAGAAAUGCAUGAUUUUUAUGUCCCAACUUAACUUCUUUCUGUGUCUAAAUUCAGAAUCUUCUACUGGAGAUACUGUCUUGUCUAGCCUCCGCGGGCGUCUGGAUGUCUGGAAAAAAUUGUUUUAUACUUUUCUAGAAUUGGUUUGUUAAUCACUUUAGUCUGUUUCGAAUAAAAAAUAUAAAUUGAUAUUUUAAUUACAGUAAUAUAGGGAUCAGGAGCUAUGCCUUGAGUAUCUGAAAGAUAAGAAAGCUGGCUUAAUAGCAGAAAUUGCUGAAAACAGUCUUCGAAAUGAAACAUGGUUCCUUUUUCACAGAUGCUGCCUGACCCACUGAUUGUUUCCAGAAUUUUCUGCUUUAAUAUCAGAUUUGCAGUUUUUUUGGAUUUAAAUUAAUGUAAGAAGUGUGACUUUGUAUGCUCAAGGUUAUGAAAGAUGUUAUAGAUCUGAUAUUUAUAUUUUGUAAUCUUAUUAGUACUGCUGUACGUAUGCCAUUCAUGAAUUUUGCUUGUUCAUUUGGCAACUAUUGAAUAAAAUGAAA